AGAACAUAACAGUAGAAGUAAGACAAGAACACAAGAAGCCUAAAUAAGUUCACCAGAAAAAAAUACAAGAUGAAUUUUAUCAAUAUCCUAAAAGUUGUUGUACUAUACAUUUCAUUCUGUAUCACAUAUGUCAAAAGUGCCCCAACAUGCAUAGAUCCAACAGACUUGAAGACCAAAUUUGAUAGUUUAAAUGGAGGUGUAGAUUAUAGGACAUUGUUUUUCACGGAAGGUUGGAAACAAGACUCACUGGAAAAAGAUUUCGGUCUACUGGUAUAUCUUGGAGUCGAUAAAGCUCAAAGCAGCUGUCCUUCGACAUUUUUAAAAGGAUCCAAUCUUCCAUUAAUGGUACGUACAUCAUGUCCAUGGUAUUUAGAGAAAACGCAGUACAGCGCUGAAACAUAUCCACAUGAACUAUAUAGAGCUACUACGAAAUGUACUAAGUGUAUAGAUGCUUCUGGAGAUCAAAAAUGUUCACCAAUUCAACAGAAAAUCCAGAUAUUAAAAAGAGCAGGUUGUGAAAAUGGAUUUUACAAAUAUGAAGUAACAGAUACCUAUAUUCCAGUAGCUUACGUAUGUGAACAACCAAGAGAAGUCGUAAAUGAUGUACAAAUAACCACUGCCCGACCUCCAGCUAAUGGACCAGAGGAAAUGUAAGGUCCAUGAUAUCCAACACAUCCUUUCCAGAGUUAUUGGGAAAAUAUUGUAAUGUCCUACGGACAUAUAUGAAAUGGUUGUAUAUUUAUGAUAUUAAAUUGAAAAAUACUCACA